AUGAAAAUUAUAGAAAUCCGUUUCAAUAGAACCAAUAAUGCUUGUCUGUGCAAGACGAGUUUUCAUACAAUCCAUCUCUGUCUGUUCAUAUCUAUCUAUCUAUCUAUCUAUCUAUCUAUCUAUCUAUCUAUCUAUCUAUCUCAGUCUGUUCUUAUCUAUCUAUCUAUCUAUCUAUCUAUCUAUCUAUCUAUCUCAGUUUCUUCAAAUCUAUCUCAGACUCUUCAUAUCAAUGUAUCUAUCUAUCUAGAUGUCUAUUCAGUUUCCAGCGUUUCUCUACACAUUUAUUCUCCCACUGUCUCUUAUUUAUGUUGUAAUUUCGAUAAUCUCAUUCAAUAUAAAUUAUUUCUAUCUAUCUACUUAUCAGUCUGUUUAUUAUCUAUCUAUGCUACUUAUAUAUCUCAGUCUUUUCACUAUCUAUCUAUCUAUCUAUCUAUCUAUCUAUCUAUCUAUCUAUCUAUCUAUCUAUCUAUCUAUCUAUUAACCUUUCCGUAG